GGGGGAGUCACCGCUGGAAGGAGGAAGUUUGCCCCGUUCGAGUCGACGGGCCGCUGGGAUGCGACGUGGAGGAGACACCGCUGGUGCCUUACUGUUGGCUCUUCUGGACCGGCCUGGGUUUUUUUCAGCUGAGUCAUCACACCAGAGCGCCCUCUGUUCGGACGGUGAGAGGAAUCCCGGCAAAUGGCCCUAAAGCAGAGUUCUAAGCCUCCUCUGUGCAGCAGAAUUCUGCUCUGAUCCUGGCCGCUGCCUUCAGCAGGAAUGUCCUACUGGUCUGUUGGCCUCUCUCAGGAUACCAGGAGGACUGUCAGCGCGAUGGAGGAAAGAGGCAACAGCGGGCAGGAGAUGGGGGCCAAGGCCUCACAGGAGGAAGCCUUUGGGCCCCUCUCCAAACUGGAGGGCAUCGAGGCGGCGUAUGAAGGCGGUGACGAGGAGGCUGCCAGAGAGCUGAUCAAACAGGCCUGCUGCGUGGAAUGCUCUGCAGGGAUCUACCCCGACGCCACAGAUCUGAGAGAUGGCAGUGAACUGGACCCUUCAGAGCAGAACAAACCCAAAGCUUUCACCUUUAGACGACAACCAUCUCACAGCAAUCCAGCCAUCGUGGCAGCACACCAUGGUCACACCAGCCUGGUCAAAGCGCUGCUGGAUUCUGUGCCUGCUCCGCAGCUGAGGAGAGACUUGCUGAACUCCAUGCUGGCCACGUCCUGCCAGAAAGGUCACCUGGACGUGGUCCGCCUCCUCGUCCGAGAAUACAGUGCUGACGUCAAGGACUUCGCCAUCCACAGUGAUGAAUUCGCCGUCAUUAAUGGGCUGCCACUGUACGCCGUUGCACAAGCAAGCAAUGAGGAGAUUGGCCUCUUCCUGCUACAAAAUGGGGCGGGAUUCUCAUCGUACACCCUGAUGGACUACCCAGACUUCAGCAAACGCCUGCUCAGGCUCAAGCUGCAGGAAACCCCCUCUGCCAAUGGAGACGAGACCGUGUGUGUGUGCUGGAGUGGUCUGCAGCUGCCCUGGCUGGAGCUCGACUGGUUCAUGGAUGUCUCCUCUCGCAUCACGCACCUGGACCUGUCCUCCAACAGCCUAGCAGCUCUGCCCUCGGUGGUCCCAUGGGGGCUCAUCCACCUAAAGACCGUGGACCUGUCCAGCAAUGCCCUGAAGGAGCUGCCUGUUGCCUUGAACUCUCAGGAUGUCAUCUGCUCCGGUUUGCAGCAGGUGAAUCUUUGUCAGAACCAGCUGAAAAGUCUGCCAACUGGACUUCUGCACCUGACCCGCCUCCAGAAACUCUCUGCUGCUAAGAACCAGCUCACGGUGCUGUUUGAACUCCCUGACGGUGUGAACUGGAUCGGCCUUCGUAAGAUGGAGGAGCUGGAUGUGUCCGAUAAUCUUAUAAAGAGUCUGCCCACAGUUGUCAUGCACUGCCUGAAGUCCCUGAGCUCCCUCGAUGUUAGUGGAAACAGCCUGAGCUCCUUCCCCGAUCCCUGGGCCUGCCCACUGAAACGAUGCAAGUGUUCUGGCAAUUUGAUCGAGCAUCUUCCAAACACCAUCUCCAUCUUCUGGAGAACUCAGCUGCAGGAGGUGGACUUCUCUGACAACCGCCUGACCGAGCUUCCCUCAUACAUCUUUGAACUGGAGGCAGUCUCCUCUUUGAGACUCUGUGGGAAUCGCAUUGCUACACUUCCAGCCCCCAAUAAGUGGAAGUGCUCAAAGCUCAGGUCCCUUGAUCUUUCCAGGAACCAGCUUGGCAAAACCAACGAAGUGCCCAAAACCAGGAGGCAGGCCUUCCUGACUACGUGGAGCAGGAGGGACCCAGAUCCAGUGUGUCCCAUCGAGUUUCCAACCAUUCUGCGGGAUUCCCUGGAGGUCUUGUCUCUGAGCGACAACCAGUUGGAGUGUGUUCCUCAGUCAGUGUGCGAUCUUCACAGCCUCACUGAGCUCUAUUUGUCCAACAAUCCUGGAAUCCGCGACCUUCCACCAGAGCUGGGUCAGCUCUCCAACCUGUGGCAGCUGGACAUCGAAGAGCUCAAUAUUACCAAUGUGCCCCCAGCGGUGAGGAGAGAAGGUCCUGCAUCUGUCCUGGCCUUCCUGCGGGCACUCCUUCGGAAAGCCGAGCCUUGUAAGCAGUUAAAGAUGCUCGUGAUUGGUCCUCCGAGGCAGGGGAAGACGGCCCUCAUAGAUGCGCUCCUGACCGGAAAAGCCUCCCCGUUCACUCCAGCUGAAUGCAGCAUCUCCACCUCCACCUGGGAUCUGGACAGACCCAACGCUGGCAAAAAUAACAGAGACUCGGUGGUGUUCAACGUGUGGGACGUCGGCGGCCCGGCCAGCAUGACCACGAUCAACCAGUGUUUCUUCACCGAUAAAGCCUUGUAUGUGGUGAUCUGGAACCUGGCUCUGGGGGAGGAGGCCGUGGCCAGCCUGCAGACCUGGCUGCUCAACAUAGAGGCUCGGGCACCCAACUCCGCCGUGGUGGUUGUGGGAACACAUCUGGACCUCAUCGACACCAAGUUUCGAACAGAGAGGCUGGCCACGCUGAGAGCUUAUGUUCUGGCACUGUGUCGGUCGCCAUCAGGAGCCCGAGCCACCGGCUAUCCUGACAUCACCCAUAAACACCUACAUGAGGUUUCAUGUAAGACGCUGGAGGGUUUCGAUGGUCUGAAGACGCUGAUCUACCACGUGGCUCUCUCUAUGAAAGACAGCGGCUCGGCCGGUAGGAGUAAGCUGCUGGGCAGGCUGAUUCCUCGGAGCUACUUGAAUCUUCAGGAAGCGGUGAAAGCAGAAAAGCAAAGGCGAGAUUCUGAGGGAGAGGUCCAGUACCUCACCGACUCCCAGCUAGACUCUGUCAUUGAACUGAACCCAGGAAGUGACAUCAGAGACUAUGAGGACCUGCAGACUGCCAUCAGCUUCUUAAUUGAAACGGGGACCCUGCUUCACUUCCCUGACACCAGCCAUGGCCUGUGCACUCUCUACUUCCUGUGUCCGGUGUGGCUGUCAGACUGCAUGGAGAGGAUCAUACACCUCAAGUCCUCUCGCUCUGUUGCCAGGAACGGAGUGAUCCAGGCUGAGGAGCUCAGGAUGCUGUUGGUGGGAACAGGAUUCACCCAGCAAACUGAAGAACAGUACUUCCAGUUUCUGGCCAAGUUUGAGAUUGCUCUGCCUGUGGCCAGCAACAGCUAUCUGCUGCCACACCUCCUUCCCCCAAAGCCAGCCAUGGACAUCCACCGCCUCCACCAGCAGACCAACAACACCCUGCAACGCCUCUUUAAGAUGAGCUUCGUCCCUGCGGGGUUUUGGGAGCGAUUCAUCGCCAGAAUGCUCAUCAGCCUCAAAGAGAUGGACCUGCAGUCAUUCGAGAUCUCAAGGGACACGAGAAGCCAACGGCGGGGCUCAGUGAUCUACAGCUUUGCAGGAAGCAAGCAGAGAAACCGCUGCAGCACCUUCAGAGUGAGGCGCAGCCAGACCAUCUACUGGAAGGAGGGGCUCCUGGUCACUUUCGACGGGGGUUACCUCAGUGUGGAGUCAUCAGAUGUCAACUGGAGGAGGACAAAGAGUGGGGGCAUAAAGAUCAUCUGCCAGUCAGAGACCAGGGAUUUCUCCGCCAUGGCCUUCAUAACCGACCACGUCAACUCUCUGAUUGAGCAGUGGUUCCCAGCUUUGACAGCCAGCGAGAGUGACGGCAGCCUCCUCAUUGAGCAGUACGUGCACUGUUCUCUCUGCGCCUCCCGCGCUCAACAGAAGCAGCCCGAUCUGCUGCCCACCUGGCCCAAUCAGGUCGGAGAAAGAGGAGCGCACGGGGAAGACGGAGCAGCCAUUCAUUACUUUAACAUGGAGGACUGUGUGCUGGCUGCCGUGGAGAAGGAGCACAUCAUCUGCCCUCAGCACCCUGAUCAGCCAGUGCCUCUACAAGAGCUGGUCCCAGAGCUUUUCAUGACUGACUUCCCUGCACGGCUCUUUCUGGAGAAGACUCAGCUGGAGUACUCUGAGGAGGAGAGGGCCAUCCUGGGCCAGGGUGGCAGUGGGACCAUCAUCUACAAAGCAUCAUAUCAGGGCCAGCCCGUGGCUGUGAAGCGCUUCCACUUUAAGAAUAGUUUGCAGCACAUCGGCAGCAAGGACACAGACUCCAUGGUAAAACACCUGCAGUGUGGAAAUGCGUCCAAAAGCUUCUCAGAGUUCCGCCAGGAGGCCAGCAUGCUGCAUUCUUUGCAGCACCCCUGCAUCGUCUCCCUGGUGGGCAUCAGCAUUCAUCCUCUUUGCUUCGCCCUGCAGCUGGCUCCGCUGGGAAGCCUUAACACUGUGCUGGAGGAAAACAAAGGCCAGAACGCCAACACAGGUCGCUAUUAUGAGAUUUCCUCCUGGAAGCCGCUCAUUCGUCUAUGCACCAGGUACAUUCCCCUUGGACACAUGCUAACCUUCAAAAUGGCCUAUCAGAUCGCAGCGGGGCUGGCAUACCUUCACAGGAAGAGUAUCAUCUUCUGUGACCUCAAAUCUGACAACAUCUUGGUGUGGUCUCUGAAGGUGAAGGAUCCAGUGAACGUCAAGCUGUCUGACUACGGCAUUUCCCGGCAGUCCUUCCAUGAGGGAGCAUUGGGAGUUGAGGGCACGCCGGGUUACCAGGCUCCCGAGGUCCGUCCGGGCAUCGUGUAUGAUGAGAAGGUACCCUCAACGGUGGACAUGUUCUCCUAUGGCAUGGUGUUGUAUGAGCUGCUCUCUGGGAGGAGGCCAGCACUGGGGCACCAUCAGCUCCAGAUCGCCAAGAAGCUCUCCAAAGGCAUUCGACCGGUGCUGGGGAGUCCGGAGCAGAUCCAGUUCCACAGCCUCCACAACAUGCUGACCAAAUGCUGGGACACCAAGCCAGAGAAAAGGCCUGUGGCGUCGCAGUGUGUGAGGGAGAUGCAGCAGCCCAGCUUCCCCUGCCUCAAGUACAUGUUGCCAUGUGACAGCCAGUCCCAGCUGUUCCUGUCCCAGCUGCAGGGGUGCAGCGCCGUGUUCUGGGACGGAGACAAGGAAAACAGGAACUACAGUGUGGUGAAUGUGGAAAAGGGCCAGGUGGAGGUGAAGAGGAUGUCCUGUCCAGGCAGCCGGAUCAGCUGCCAGAUGAAGAUGCGCAACUCUCUGUGGAUGGCCACCGAGGAACAAGAGGUGUUCAUCUACAGUCUGAAGGACAUGUGUCCCCUCAGUCAGCCCCAGAAAAUGUUCUCCUGUCCAGCUGUCAUCACCUGCCUGUUCCAUGUUCCACCAGGAGAGCAGAGCCUGGGAAAAGUGUUUGCGGGGAUGUCCGACGGCCUGGUGGCCGUGUACAGCCUGGUGGAGGAACUUCCUCUGGACGGGGAGACCUACCUGUGCUCACACACUCUAAACAAGACCCUGUUUGGCCUGAAGGACUCGGAUGCCAGGCAGAAGCCCUACCCGGUCCGGAGCAUGGUCCUGGUCAGCGGCGGCUCCCAGCUGUGGUUCUCCAACGGUCCCGGCGUGCUUGUCGUCAACCUGGCGAGCCUGGAGGCAGUGCGGAGGCUGGAGCCCUACAGCCAUCCGUCCUCCGUCGUCUCCAUGGCAACCAGCUUCAGCCUGUGGGGGGGGGAAGCGGUGUGGCUCCUGGACGACUGCUCCAACACCCUGCUGCUGAUGCACGCCGCCUCCUACGAGCUCUGCGCCACCUACUGCUGCGGGGACAGCAGUCCUCUGCGGGACGUCUUCACCGUGAAGCGUCCCCCAGGCAUCAGCGGGGCCGGGAGCUCGGAGCUCUGCGCCACGGACCCGCGCAAGAGGCAGGAACGGACCAACGGAGAGGUGACGCUGAUCUACAGCGAGGAGGCCGGCACCCAGAUCAUCCAGCACCAGGACUCCCUGACCGACUACUGCUCCAUACUGUCCAACUGCUCCCUGGAGCCGCUCGAGCCGGACUCCCCCGGCACCGAAGGCCCCUCCGACAGCGGAGGCUUCGCGCCGUGGCCCGCAGGUCCGGAGGACGCCGUCCGGGACCCCCACCCCGAGAGCAGCGGGGCGCCGCAGCUGCAGGCGUUUGCCCUGCUGCCCGUGGGCGGGGCUCUGUGGAUCCCCAGGCGCGGGGGAGAUACCGUGGUCAUAGAGAUGCAGUCACACGCUGACGAGCAGAGGGGGCGUGUCAUGGCCGUGCUGAGUCCACCCGGAAGCUGCUCUCUGGGGAUCCUCCAGGAGGCAGCACUGGUGGCGAAGGACACGGUUGUGUGCGGCUUUCAGAGGGAAAACACGGAGUGGUGCCUGGUUGUCUGGCGGGCCUGGGGCUGCCGCGAGCUGGAGGACUUCUACCAGGCCUACGAGGAGCUGGGCCACCUGGAGACCAGCAUGAGGAGAAGAAGGUAGCCGUUGUGCUCCAAGAAUGAGCUCUCUGUACGGAGGCCGGGCCCGAGGGGGGGCGGGGUGGGGGGGGGGCGCCCGGACAGGCCGGCAGUGUGCAGAGCACGGGGAGCCCGACACCAGACCGCGUCCCCCUUCUGCCCGCCCCACGACCAGAGUGGACGGGAACGGGAUCACCAGCGGACGCCGGCAUGGGAGAGGAGAGCCGGUCCGGCUUUGACUGGACAGCUCGGACAGCUCGACGUUCUCCGGGCGGAACUCGGCGUUCAGCUUUUCUUUUCGGGCGUCGAGGGAAGAAGACACGGGCCAAAACUGAACUCCAAAUAAUCCCCCCCAGCUCACUGAAUUUGUCUUUGAACAGCUUUUUAAAUAUGACUCGAAAGCACACUGGACUAGACUACUGAAGAAGCCCCGGGCCAGGUGGAUGAUGGCAAUCAUUUGGAGAAGAAAGAGAGCAGAGGGAGGAGAGGUGCAUCAUGGGAGCCCCUCCCCCAGCAGAAUUAUGGGGUGUUCCAGGGUCCCUGAGCAUCUGUAACCAUCAGCUUUACCAGAUUGGACAGUUUGAAGCCUUAAACAUUCUGACUCUCCCCUUUUGCGCUACUGUACAGCCAGAAUGUGAGGAACAAUGACAAAGAAUGUGAGGAAGAGGAGAAGGCCACCACCGGUUCAGCGGCACAGUGAGCCGAAUAUGCCGCUGACGAACCAGGAGACAGGGUUUGGCUUUUUUUAAAUGAGUCCAUCCGGCAGAGGCCGCGUGGGUGGAGCUCAUUAAUCAGGCUGAAGGGGGCAGUGCAGAGACAAAGCCAGAGCUAAUCCCCUCCCGAAAGUCUCUCUUCAUCUCAGGCUUGUUCUAUGUUUUGCAUCACAGUGAUCCCUGUUCAGACCAGUUUUUUUUUCUGAAUGAAAUGUUAGAAAUGCACCCAAACAAAGUGGAGGGCUCCGAGUGGAAGGCCACGCCGCCCCACAACCAGCAUCUCUCAAAUUCCUGAGCAGCUUUUUUUUUUUUUACCUCGGCUGUCAGUGGCCUCAAACCCAACACGGGUGGCUCUGUCAGUCGCAGCGGGGGGAGCAGUCGCCCCGAGCACCCGAAAACACUCCCCAACAACCCCCCCCCCACUCAGACAGGAUGCUUAUCGGGUCGGCUGAUCAGAAGUUCGCGUUUCACAAAGCAGUGGCAGGAAGUGAAGGCUUUAAGCAACACUUGUUGAUGCUCCUUUUUUGUAAUUUUUGUUUUUUUUUAGACAGUUUUUUUUAAAAGGCGGUUCACACUCAAAUGCAGACUCCGGAAAAAAAGAUUCACGCUGUCACAUGCCCCCGGUAUGUCCAACACAAAGUCAGAAUCAGAUUUUCCUUCUCACAUGAAAGAGAAGUCAGCCCGAAACUUUAGCUGGAAGCCUGAGAAUAAACCAGAGCAGAUCAAGAGUACAAAAAGGACAUUUAUUGGGUCACAGGUAAAGUAUAUCAGCGCUUGGCUCCUCACAGACAAAGCUCCCUGAGGGUCUCAGUCGGCAAAGAGCCCCGAAAUCCGGGCGUGAUGGACAUUUAUCUCCUGGGCUGGACCCCUUAGAAAAGGAGGACUGGACUCAACCAAAUGCUAUUGGCCAGUUAGCUCUGACACGAACAGGCCAGGUCCUAAUUCAUGCAGAUGCCCUGGAAUGUGAUAACAAAUUGUGUGUGU